GGCCACUCUGAGAGCCGGGGGCCAGGGGCCACGCUGAGAGCCGGGGGCCACUCUGAGAGCCGGGGGCCACUCUGAGAGCCGGGGGCCACACUGAGAGCCGGGAGCCAGGGGCCACACUGAGAGCCGGGGGUCACUCUGAGAGCCGGGGGCCACAGUGACAGUACUCUGUAAACAUGGUGAUCAUGCAGCCAAACACUGCGACUCCCCCCCGCAGACCACUCCGGGUUGGAUUCUAUGACAUUGAAAGGACGCUUGGGAAAGGAAAUUUUGCGGUAGUAAAGCAGGCUCGACACAGAGUGACAAAUACACAGGUUGCAAUUAAAAUAAUCGAUAAAACACGUCUGGAUCAGUCAAAUCUGGAGAAGAUUUAUAGAGAGGUUCAAAUCAUGAAAAAACUGAGACACCCCCAUAUCAUCCGACUGUAUCAGGUAAUGGAGACUAAAGACAUGAUAUACAUCGUCACGGAAUAUGCCCAAAAUGGGGAAUUGUUUGAUUUCUUAACUGUACGGGGACGGCUAACGGAAGAAGAAGCAAGAAAAAAGUUCUUGCAGAUUCUGUCGGCUGUGGACUAUUGUCAUUCUCACAACAUUGUCCACAGAGACCUGAAAACUGAGAACCUGCUCCUCAACCACAAUAUGGAUAUAAAACUGGCAGAUUUUGGAUUUGGUAACUUUUACACGGAUGGCCGGCCUCUGAACACAUGGUGUGGCAGCCCACCUUACGCUGCACCUGAAGUCUUCCUUGGGAAGGAAUAUGAGGGUCCAUUGCUGGACGUCUGGAGUUUGGGAGUUGUGUUGUAUGUUUUACUCUGUGGAUCGUUCCCGUUUGACGGACCCAACUUACCGACUGUACGGCAACGUGUGUUGGAGGGGAGAUUCCGAAUCCCAUAUUAUAUGAGUCAGGACUGUGAGUCUCUCAUUCGUCGGAUGCUGGCUGUGGACCCAGCGAAGCGUCUGACCAUUGCUCAGAUAAAGCAGCAUCGCUGGCUGCAGGGAUUAACCCUCCAUCUGCCUCUGCACAGUGUCCUCCCCACAGCUGAGCCAUGCGUGCAGGUUCUCAGCAUCAUGCAAAGCCUAGGCAUCGACCGAGAUCGAACACUGCAGUCCCUACAGAAUGACUGCUAUGAUCACUAUACGGCUAUUUAUUAUCUCCUUGUGGAGAGGGUGCAGCGGUUAUCAGGGUUAUCUUCAAUGCAAGAGCUUCCAAGACCCCAAAACUCUAAAAUGAUCCGUGGUUCGGGUCUCCAGUCGCAGCUGGCGGAUUCUGAUUGUGAGCUUAGUUUUCCGUUGCAGGCUCUGUUACACCUGAGGGAUUCUCCCUGUCUCGGACAGGCGGACACCAUUUUGCAUCCUCCCUACGUACUUCAGGAGAAAACCCUAAAUAAGGAACCUGUUCAAGAAACACCUUGUAUUUUAAUCUCCUCCACAGUCCCUUCUACGUGUCAUAGUCUGGAGAAUUGUCUCGUUCCUUCAUGGAUCCAGUCUCCUUUUAUGUCCACAUACCCUCUCAGUGCACAAUCAGCAACUCCUGUCCUUCAGGCUCAGGGCAUCUCUUCACCGCGCUCACUCCUACCUGCGACAUUUCAGGAGGGACGGAGAGCGUCUGAUACUUCCCUUACACAAGGACUCCGGGUGCUGCGACAAGUACGCAAGACAACCAGGGUUAGUGGGCUCCUGUGUUUCAGUAAAAUUCGCUGUGGGAACCGUCAUAAUGGCAUCUCUCUGCGUGGGUUGCGCACCUCAAACUGUUUCCAGCAACAGAUCCAAGAAGGGGCUGUUUCACAAGGACUCCUACAGGAAGCGUUGCAGCAACAAAAGUUCCUUCAGAUUGCAAUUUCUCCACGCAAUGGGGCAUUACCAGGCUUCUGUCAGGACCACCACGAUGAGACCUCAACCCCUGAACUUCUCAGCUCGAUCUUCUCGUGCCCCCGACAUCUCCAGCCUGGCUACAUCUCUGCGGACAGUAACACAGAUGUCGAUAUAAGAGCCAUGCCUCCAAGGCUGGAUCGUGGCUGUGUCCUGGUUUCAUAGCUGGCUCUGCUUUAGAGAUAAUCUUACUGGGGUCUUGCAAUACUCCUGGUGUCCAGACCAGGAAACAAAAACGUUCUAUGGCAGCUGCCGAUGUCCAGCAAUAAUGCUUUAUUCAAAGCACAGAUAAUGCAGCAGUGUUUUCCAUGUAGAUGCCACGAAGACGUGUAGAUUUAGAAUAACUUUAUACUCUGUACUGAAGGAGAUGGGGUUGGCCUAUGUUUAUUGGAAGAGGGAGAAUUGGAUUUCUUUUCUGGGCCCUGACUGUACUAUGUUUUGGGGUGGGGGAGGGAAUUGGUAGUACUGUGAUGGGGUGUAGGUGCAGCAUUAUAUAGUAAUGCAGUGUAUAUCCUGCCAGGCUGUACGGUGCUAAGAUGACGUAUUACUGAGUGGUUAAUCCACCGCUUUCUGGGCCUCUCACAACUCCUGCAUAGAGUGAAGGCUUCUAUUUAUAUUCUGGUUCCACUCCUUUUUAUUAUUAUUAUUAUUAUUAUUAUUAUUAUUAUUAUUAUAGCGGGGCUCAAUAUCAGAUCCAAUUCCCUGUCCACCUUCUGUGUGGGGUCUCUGCUACUGUCUCAACCACCUUCAACAUUCCGGUAUGGGGGGGACUCUGACCUCUCCCUUGUCCUGGCUGGGGGGGCUGUUUUGUGGCACACUAUGUUAAUCAGCCUUUUCCUUUUAACCCCCUUGUGUUUGCCCCCCUUCUUUAGUUGUCUCUCUCUCUACGUUUGAAGAAGCACUUUAAUUCCCUCUCCUGAGCUCUGUUCUCCUUAUUCCCGGUCUGUCCUGGAUUUGUUACUGUGUAAUUACCAGAUUCAGAUACGGUGCUGCUGGAAACUUAUUGAUACAUUUAUAAAAAUGAUAAAAUAAAUAAUUUUUCUUAUAACCAAA